CAGCCAUUUGCCUCGGCUGUUGAAAGAUGAUGGAUGCAUGCAGCUGGGAAACCGAAUUGGAUGCUGCCCCAUGCCAUCCCGCAGCGUCCCUCGGGGGAAUGAGGAUCUGAAAAAUGAUUCUUUAGAUGCACCAUUGUCGACAUUAUCUUCAUUCCUAGUCCAUCCACCCCUGUCCCCAUCCCUCGCGGAAUCGAGAGCAACAAGUCUACCUACAUCUUCGCCACUCUAGCUUCUCAAUCCGCGAGAACGUCUCGGUUUACACCCGCCGCCUCGAAUACUUCAGCAUCUGGGUUCCUACGUCACUACUCCGGUAGUUUCUUGACCUAUCCCUGCUGGUCGAGUAGCAAGCAGACACAUACCCUCGAGCUCACUCCAGGCCAACAUUUAGAAGACAAUGUCUCAGGAGUCGGAGUUGGCGCCAUGGGAGAGCGCCGUGGCCGGUGCAGCCGGUGCAGUACUCGCCAACGCUAUGGUCUAUCCUCUCGAUAUUGUAAAGACAAGAUUGCAAGUACAGAUCAAGAAGAAGAAUCAAAUAAUCCAGCACACCGCCGAGCACCACCACUACGAAUCAACGCUUGACGCCAUCAGGAAGAUCAUCGAGCAUGAGGGCCUCCACGGCCUGUACUCCGGUCUUGCUGGAGCCCUCGCUGGCGUUGCGUCCACGAACUUUGCCUAUUUCUAUUGGUAUUCCGUGGUGCGACAGCUGUGGACAAAAUAUGAGACAAAGCCUGGGCAGCAUCCAGGUACAGCGGUCGAACUGGCUCUGGGCGCUGUCGCAGGUGCACUUGCCCAGGUAUUCACAAUUCCCGUUGCAGUUAUUACAACACGGCAACAAACUCAACCCAGAGGCCACAAGAAGUCAUUCUGGGAGACCGGAAAAGAGGUGGUCCACAGUGAAGACGGCUGGACUGGGCUGUGGAGAGGGCUCAAGGCUUCUCUCGUGCUCUGUGUGAACCCAGCUAUCACAUACGGCGCUUAUCAGCGUCUGAAGGAUGGUGUAUUCCCGGGCCGAGCCAGACUGCGCCCUUGGGAGGCUUUCCUUCUUGGAGCCAUGUCCAAAUCCCUAGCAACGAUCACAACUCAGCCGUUGAUCGUCGCCAAGGUCGGCCUACAAUCACGCCCGCCUCCAGCUCGAGAAGGCAAACCUUUCAAGACGUUCGGUGAGGUCAUGGCCUACAUCAUUGAGCAUGAAGGUCCUCUCGCACUCUUCAAAGGAAUAGGACCUCAGCUCUUGAAAGGCCUGUUAGUUCAGGGUCUGCUCAUGAUGACCAAGGAAAGAGUCGAAUUGUUGUUCGUGCUGCUGUUCGCCUAUCUCCGCGCCACCAAACUGAGGAGAGCAAAACUGGCUGCGCAGCUCAAAGAACAAGCCGCUCCUGUGGCCGAGAACUUGAAGAGCCGCGCCAUGCCUGUUGCGGAGAGUGUUCUGGAGAAAGCCAAGUCUGCUUUACCAGCUGUGUCGAAAUAGGGGAGCAGUACGAUCUACGGGAUGGGCGAAGGGAAGGAAGUCGUCUGACAUGGUUGGUCAGGAGAUCGUUCUCCUCAACUUCCCCGGCUCAGUCGAUUUGCGCCAGGGGGGAGGGCCUGCAAUCAUAAGGAGACAACCCCCGGGGGGGAAGGGCCAUUUGCAUUACUCCCGGCGCAUGGCGUAUCUUGCGAAUGGUAUUGUUUUGGCUCUCGGGAUAAAUGUCUGCUAUUUUACCGUGUCGCAAUGCCUUGUUUGUAUAGGCAAUUGUACUGGAAGCAACACGGAAAGAAGACUACAACAUAGGCAAGAUCUGCUUUGACUUCAUUCCUUUGCACUGACCUAAGUCGUUCUAUAGGCAUAGCACAAAACCCUUCAUUGAUGUUGUACACUUUAUGUCACGUCCUAUCAUAUACCUUACACAGAGCCCUGCAAAAUGUACGUCGUUUAACCGA